CUUGUCACUCUUGAACCAAGUGCUCGGCUUCUGUUGGUAGCAAGGAGCGACGUAAGCGACGAGCUGAUCCGCUCGGGUCCGUCUCUCCGGCUACGUGUAGAGACUCAGAUCCGUGAGACGUGUGUCCGUCACCGCGCCGCUGGAUGGCGGGGGAAGCGAGGGGGGCCAGGGGAGCCCGCGCUAUAAUUGGCCAGCGCCGGCGGUGGACGGAGGUCGGAGAGCGAGUCUAUUCGCGGCUGCCACGAGGAGAGAGCGGACUGCCGCCAGCGCUGCGCCCGGCUGACCCAGAAAGGGAAGAGAGGAGUGUCCAGCGAGCGGCCAUGCGGGCGGAGGAGGACCCCGACCCCCUCUUCACGUCGCUGUGCAGCGAGAGGACCCUGCAGCCCGGCCAGAAAGGCUUCUUCAUGGAGUACGCGCGCCGCGCCACGGAGGCCGUGGGCGAAGCCUGGGUGCGCGACGUCUUCGGCCGCUUCGCCUCCGACGAGGACAGGAUCAGGGCGUGCUACGAGCACCGCGAGGUGAGGCAGGCCGUGGUGGAGCCGCUGAGUCACGUGCAGAGCCUGCACCGGGCCAAGUCGGCUGCCGUGUCGCGGCAGCGCAGGGCAGACGGGGACCUGCUCCUGCACGCGGGCCACCCGCAGCGCGCUCUGCUGCUCUACAGCCAGGCCGUGGUGCGCGCUCCGCCCGCAGGCAGCGACAUGACGGUCGACGACGGGCUGUCCCUCGCCCUCGCCCUGGCCGCCCGCUCGGAGGCGCUCCUCACUCUGGAGGACUACGAGCUCAGCGUCGCCGACGCGCAGAUGGCCGUGAAGGAAGGCUUCCCCAUGGAGCUCAGGUACCAGCUGUACUGGCGGAUGGCGCGCUGCUACCGGCCCACGGGCCAGACGCUCAAGGCGCGCAUCUCGCUCCAGCUGGCGUCGAGGCUGCUGACCCAGCACGCCGCCGGGGUCGGAACCGAGGCUGUGCUCCUGCUCGUCAAGAUGGACGAGGAACUGGCGCAGCUGGAGGGACGCGAGGGCCCCGCCAGGGCCAUCGAGCCUUCAGGAGACGUCAGAGGGGAGGACCGGCCGGCCGCCUGCGGGCUGAUGGGCGUGGCGAGCAGCGAGGACUGCGGCAGGUUCGCCGUGGCGCUGGGCAGCGUGCACGCCGGCGACACUCUCGUGGCAGAGGACGCCCUGGCGGCCUGCCUGCUGCCCGACAAGUUCGGCUCCAACUGCCACCACUGCUUCGCCAGGCUGAAGGCCCCCGUGGCGUGUCCGCACUGCAGCGGCCUGGCGUUCUGCUCGACGACCUGCCGGGACGAGGCCUGCCGCUCCUACCACAAGCUCGAGUGCCGGUUCAUGGACCUGCUGAUCGGCUCGGGCAUGAGCAUCCUCUGCCACGUCGCGCUCCGGCUGGUCACGCAGUCCGGACUCGAGUUCUUCGCCCAGCGCCGCGAGCAGAUCCGACAACACGCCGGGCCCACGUCAAAGGAUGACAAAUACAUGGAAGUAUUUAAUCUCGUUACACAUUCGGACAAAAGAUCAGCGAUAGAUUUUUUCCAGAGAACUCUGAUGGCUAUCUUCUUACUGACGUAUCUUCAGAAGGCAGGCUUCUUUCCUUCUACUACCGCCAAAUCAUCGACGCCACUUCCCAGCGACGACGAGCUGCUGGUCGGCUCCGUCCUGCUGCGCCACCUCCAGCUGCUGCAGUUCAACGCGCACGAGGUGUACGAGACUCAUGUGGAGACGCCACAGAACUUCCGCACGGGCCGCGUCGUGUACAUCGGCGUCGGCAUCUACCCCACCGCGGCACUGUUCAACCACGACUGCUACCCUGCGGUCACGAGGUACUUCCGAGGUCGUAGCAUCGUCGUGAGGGCCGUAAGGCCGCUGGAACCCGGAGACGUGGUCGCGGAGAACUACGGGCCGGUGUUCACGAAGCGACCCCUGGUCGCUCGGCAGCGGGCUCUCUCCUCGCGCUACUGGUUCCACUGUGCUUGCACCGCUUGCAAGGAGGACUGGCCUCUUAUUGAGAAACUGGAGAGGAACGUCUACAGGCUGAGAUGCUCCACACCUCGGUGCACUAGGCUGCAAAACAUUACAAAGAAUAAGGAAAGUUACAAAUGUCCUGCCUGCAAUAAGAUUAUUUCUACAAAAGAAUCACUCUGUAACAUAGCAGAAUGUGAAGAAAUGUACGCACGUGGACUCCAAGAAAUGGAAGACGGAUUCCCUGAAAAAGCUAUUCCCUUAUUUUGCUCAUACCUCGAUGCUAUGCACAAAAUUUGUGUUCCACCGCACAAAGACACUAUGCUUUGUCAAGAAGCACUCCGAAUAUGUAUGGCUGACAAAGGCAACGUUUGGAUUUCGGGACUACAGAAGACAUGAUACAUUUAGUACCAGAAUUAAAUUAUCCUGUAAUAUUGUCACUAUAGAUUUAUUUUUUGCAACAGUAACCAUCAAUUAUAGAACAAAGAAUUUUCAUCUUAAAUUUCAUUCAUGACAGAGUGAGGUUGUGAACACAUGAUUUUUGUUUGGUAUUUAAAAUGGGAAAGAAGAUACACAGUUGUGAGGAACAAUAGAGAUAGAGAAGUCUAGUAAGUAUAUAUAAAUUUUCAUUCUAUAUUAAUAUUUUUAAAAUUUUAUAAAUUAUUUUAAUAUAGAAUAUACUCAUAAACUCCAUGGUUUUAGAUAUAUAUUUUCAUUUUAUUCUUAAUUUUUUGAGGGAUGCAAUAUGCAGCCCCAUAAAAAUUUAUUUCCUUUGAGCACAAAUUUUUUGAUUUAUUUCUUUAGAAAAACGACUGCACCUAGCAGGAGAUUCCUUACAUGAAUAUACAGAAAAAUAUAUUUACAAUUAUUAUUUCAAUUUUACAACAGUAAUUACCAAUCUCUCCUUAUGUAAAAAUUGUGAAUACUUUGUUUUAAAAAUAUAUGUACUUUAUUUACAAAUACCGGUAGUUAACAGCUCACAGAAUGUUAGUACAGUAGAACCCUGUUAUGUUUCUGCUUAUAACAUCACAUUUAACCCAUAAAGGCAAUAUAUUUGUUUCCUGAAUAUAUGUUUCACAAGUAGUGUUAAUAACAUAUGCUUUCUAAAAUUCA